AUGCAGGGGCGAGUAGGGGAUGGACCUGCAGGAGCCGGCACUUGUUUCGUCGGGGGGUUUCUUUCCGUAGCGGCGCCGACGUCCCGUCACUCGUUCCGUUACUCAGGCCCGCGACCCCCUCCUUCUGGGCAGACGCAGCCGGAGAGUGGCAGUGGGGAGGAGGAUGAGGAGGAGGAGGGUGAGGGCGAGGAGGAUGAGGACUAUGAGGGGAGCGGGGAUGACAGUGAGGCCGGGUGGGAUCCCGAGACGCAUGGCGGUGGGAAAGGGGGGGAUGAUGAGGAGGACCAUGAGAUGGAUGGGUUGGAGCCAGAGGAGGUGGAGGAGGGGGUGGGAGAGGGUGGUGAAGGGGCGGCGACAGAGGCGGCCUCACAGCAUGUGGCUGAAGGAGGAGGGAGCGUGGGGGUUAAGGUGGGGAGAAAGCGGGCAUCCAUUAGGAUGCCGAAGCGGAGGAAGAGGGCGAGCAAGUUGAGGGAGCGAGCAUAUCCCUGCACAUUCACUGGGAAGCCCUUGGGCGCGGGUGUGGUCGCUCCGGAGUUCCUAGACGAGGACGGAGGGUCCGAGAGUAGUAAGGGGACUGGCAAGGGUAAUAAAAAACCGGGGUGGCAAGUACAGAUGUUCGGGCCUAAAGGGGCAGACGAGAAGCGUCAGUGCAAGAUUUGCACUGACAGGAUUUCGUGGAAGCAAUCCACAACAACACCCAGCGAGCGGCACUUCGAGAGCUACCGCACAGCGCACAUGCACGUGUGGCAUCACCGUUACCACACUUCGUCCGUUCACUUGCCUGGGGAGACGUUUCCUCGUGGGGGCUACAAGGGUGUGCCGGAUGGCUACGUCGAUGGGUGGCCGCAUGCCAAGUCUUGGCCGCAUCUCGCAAAGAAGAAAGAGACGGCGUCCGGUGGAGCUGAGGGGUCAGGCGGGAUGGAGCGGUUCAUGACAACCAAGCUGUCCAUGGAGGAGCUACGGCAGGCGAUCGCCAAGCUGGUGGUCACCUGCGACCUCCCCUUCCGCAUCGUCGAGUCCGAGGCCAAGAACUUCAUCCCCUCGCGGUGGACGGUAUCCCGCGACAUUGUGGUCUAUGCAACAGCAGCUCUCCAGUCCGCCAUUGCGGAGAUGCUGGCGAAGGAGGGGGAGUUAGGGUGCAAGGUGUCGAUCACUAUCGACAUGUGGACAGCACCCAACAACAAGGCAUGGCUAGUGGUGACUGGUCACUGGAUAGACGAGAACUUCCAACUGCGCACAAUGGUGCUUGAGUUCCAUGAGAUGCUCGGGCGGCAUGGGGGCAGGGAGAUGGCGCAGGUGGUUGAGGAGACGAUUGUGCAGUGGGGGUUGGAGGGGCGUUGUCUUGGUUUCACGACAGACAACGCCUCUAGCAACAUUGCCGCCUUCAGGCGGAUGUCGGAGGAGGGUGGUGGUCAGUGCUUCUUCAACUCGCGCAUGCACUUCCGGUGCUUGGCACAUGUGAUAAACCUUGCAGUGCAGGCAGCACUGGCUGUGGAUUCCAUACGGAAGUUGCUGAAGAUACUGAGAGAGAUGGCGUCGUGGAUUGGCUUCUCUCCACAGCGCUCGGGGUCUUUCUUGGGCCUACAGCGGACGUUGAACUCGCAGGCCAACCCCGCCACGCCGAAGCCGGCGUUGAAGCUGGUGCAGGACAGUCCUACGCGCUGGGGGUCGACCCACGACAUGGUCGAGCGUGCGGCUGUUCUGCAGAACCCCAUCACUGUCUUCUUCGCCCAGACACAGGGCUUGUCGAAGACCGACAAGAAGAAGGUGGAGAGUUUGCGCCUGACAGACGCAGACUGGGAGACCCUGCAGGCGGUGAAGACAUUCCUAAGCCCCUUCGCCAAGGUCUCCAAGGCAGCAGAGGGGGCGGCGUACCCGACUGUGUCGAUGGUGGUGCCAUACUACAACGGCCUGAUCGACGCCAUGGAGUCGCGCCUUGCCAAGGGGCCAUCUCCGACGCUGCAGCCGAUGAUCGUGGCGACGCUGAGCCACUUGAAGAAGUACGCCUACAUCACCAGCAACGAGUACUGGAUCGCCACCUUCUUGGACCCUUCCAUGAAGGCGGCAUGGUUCGACGACGCGCACUGGGAGAAGCUGCAUCCCGAGACCGACAGGAGGGUGAGGCCGCGUCCGGCGUCUGGCGAGGUGAUCAAGCUGGUGCGCGACCGCGUGGCCGAGUACCAGGCCCGGGCUGCAGAGCUUGCUCCACGGCCGACCCCACUUGCCCCCGUUGCGGAGGAGGAGGAGGGAGACGAGGAGGAGGACGACGAUGACGCGCAGUUUCUCCCUAGUCGCCGACGACUUGCGGCGCGUCUGUCGGCGAGCCAGGAUGCGGGGGCGGGUGGGAUGGUGCAGGACGACGAGGUUAGCAGGAACUUGUCCGAGAGGGUGCGGUGCGACGUGACAGCGCUAGAGUACUGGCGCAGUGCCACCAACAUGCAGACGCUGAGGCGCAUGGCCCGGGAUUAUCUCGCCAUCCCUGCCACGUCCGCUUCGAGUGAGCGGGUGUUCUCCCUUGGUCGCAACCUCAUUUCCUGGAAGCGGCACCGCCUGGCCUCUCAGAGGACGCGAGCUGUCAUGAUUCUCAGAUCAUGGUACAGUUCACACCCUGGCCAGAGGAUAGGCGAGGGCCGCCGACCGAGAGGCGUCGCACCACCAGAGUUCGCCAUUGAGGGCGAGGGGGCAGAGGAGGAUGACGAGGAGGAGGAGGAGGAGGGUGUGGAGGCUGACGACACAGCUGGUGGAGAGGAUGCUGUUGUUGGUAGUAGCAGUGCAGUGGCGCCUUAG